UUUUGGGUUGAUAUUAUUGGUCAGCUUGUCUGUGAGUCUCUUGUAUGUAAACAAUAGAAAUGGGAAAAACCGAACUUGUUGAUUGAUUUUGAAACAUCAACGUAUCUUUGUUUCUAUUAGCAAGUUCAAUGAGCAUGGCUUGAUUUUUUGGAAAUGCAAUUUGAAAAAUUACAAUUUCAGGAGGUCUUGGAGUAGGAGGUGCCUUAUCAAUAUAUGAAUUUAUUUAUCAACGGUGGCAUUCCUUUUUAUAAUGAACCAUUAGUGGUCUUUCUUUGGAAUUAUUUAUUGCAAAUAUCAUUUUCAGUCUGGAAGGGAGACUUUGUAUUGGCUCAUGAAUGCUAAUAUAUUCUGGACUGUAGUUUGAUAUACCAGCAGAGUGUCAGGAAUCAAGGAAAAGUAUUUUCUGGAAAAUUAUCAUGCUAAUUUGCUUCGUACAUUCUUACUCUCACAUCUCAUAUACUACUAUAAUUGCUACAGCUUUGUCACAAGGAGACAGUAAUACAUUCAGUCAGUCAUUAUCACAGUGGCCUACCUCUAGCCAUGAUAAUAAAACUGAUCCUCAAACUCAACAAGAUCCUAAAAUUGCACAGCAGCAGCAAUCUUCAUCUGAGAUGGAAAUUAAACACAGUGGCCAACUGCAGAAUGUUUCUUCUCAGGAUGUUAAUCAUCCACCCUUGCCUCAGAAACAAUCUCAAGAUGAAGGUCACCAAGGGCAGACUGUACAAAGUUCCCUCCAAAACCCUCAAAAAACUGGGAUCCAGAAUCCUGGGAAAGAUCCGGUUCUUAAUAAUGAGCCAGUCAAAACACAUAAUCCUAGCAAUGAAUCUCAAUAUAUCAAGUUGCAGCAGAUGAGUAAUCAACAGGCGACAGUCACUGAGCAGCCAAGCAGCCAAAUAAAUCGUAGUAAACAAGUUCCAUUUGGCCUAUUGCUACCUAUCUUGCUUCCACAGCUUCCCAAAGACAGAGCCAUGCAACUCCAAACUUUGUUUGCCAAAUUGAAGAAAGAUGAAAUUCCAAAGGAUAAUUUUGUGAGGCUUAUGAAAAGUAUUGUAGGUGAUCAGAUGCUCAGAAUGGCAUUAGCGAAAGUGCAAUCACAGACAAGAUCCAACCAAGGACCUGUGGGGCAGCAGCACCCUAUCAGGAUGCCUCCAGUUAGUUCAGGGGCAACACAAUUUAAUGACCCCCAUGCAUUAGCACAACUGCAUCAUAGAAGUGUGAACAGUCCUGCAAAUCAAUCUCAUAUUAAUUCUUCAACCGUUCAUUUGAAGACUGAAUCAGUUCAUCCAACUAUGGAGAAUAGUAUGAAAAAAUCUCAGGAAUUGGAUGUUAAAAUAGAACCCCAAGCAGUGCAAUCAAGUCCGUUACCAACUUCCGGUUCCAACUUUGGUAGCCAAGAAUCAGAAAGGUCCUCCAUGCAUAUACAAGGGCUUACUAAGCAGCAGCAGCAACAUCUGCAUUUUUCAUCAGCACAUGGAAAUACUGGUUCUAAUUUUAAUUCUUAUUCUGGGACAAGCAGUAGUCCCACAUCUCUGAAAGCCCCGCCACAUGAUUCCCAUUUGAGGCAAAUUCCUCAUCAAAACAUUGCUCCAAAUCACUUAGGGGGGCCAACACAGGGUAUGAAUCUGAUUGGCAUGACAAAACUUGAUAGACAAAAUUCUAUCAAUGAUCCAAAGAGACUACAGGGAGGAUCUGCUCCUCAUGUUGUAAAUAAUGCAGGAUCACAACAAACAUCCAAUGUUUGGCAACCUUCGAAUGUUAAAAGGGAACCCAGUGAACUGUCUGCUGAGCAGCAACAGAGGCAUCAUUUGUCUAAAUUUCAUGGGCUUUCGGUUGGCACUGCUCAGAUUGAACAGGGAAGUGGAAAUCAAGGAACUUCAAAGGAUGAGUUUUCAAGAGGUCUUCCAGCAUCUGCAAAUGUGCCACCUACAACUACUUCAAGUUUGUUGCAUUCCAAUUCUGCUCCCCCUUCAAUGGUUGCUCAGAUGGAACCAGGUGUCCCGUCAAGCUCUCAGAUUCCCUCAAACCCUUCUGGGAUUAUUGCAAGGGGUCCUCUGAAGAAGCCUACUGUUGGCCAGAAGAAACCACUUGAAGGACUUGGUUCCUCACCUCCUCCUCCAAGUAAGAAACAGAAAGUAUCUGGGGCUUCUCUGGAACAAAGCAUUGAACAGCUUAAUGAUGUUACGGCUGUUAGUGGAGUUGAUCUUAGGGAGGAGGAGGAACAGUUAUUUUCAGGGUCAAAAGAGGACAGUCGAAUUUCAGAAGCAUCUCGAAGAGCUGUGCAAGAAGAAGAAGACAGACUUAUUUUGCAGAAAGCUCCAUUGCAGAGCAAAUUGAUGGAUAUUAUGGUCAAAUGUGGUUUGAAGGGUGUGAGCAAUGAUGUAGAGAAAUGCUUGUCUCUGUGUGUGGAGGAAAGAAUGCGUGGAUUGAUAAGUAGCCUGAUCAGACUUUCAAAACAGCGAGUGGAUUUUGAGAAGACCAGGCACCGGGUUAUUGUCACCUCAGAUGUUCGGCAACAAAUCAUGUCAAUAAAUAAGAAAGCAAGGGAAGAAUGGGAGAAGAAACAGGCAGAAGCAGAGAAGAUUCGUAAACUUAAUGAAGCAGAGAGUAAUCCUGGGGUUGAUGGGGACAAGGAUAAGGAUGAAAGUCGUAAUAAAUCAACAAAGGUAAAUAAAGAAGAGGAUGACAAGAUGAGGACAAAUGCUGCAAAUGUUGCUGCUCGAGCUGCUGUUGGGGGAGAUGACAUGCUGUCAAAAUGGCAACUCAUGGCGGAGCAAGCUCGUCAAAAACGUGAAGGUGUGGCAGAUGGAUCAUCUAGUUCUCAACCUGCUAAGGAUGUGAGUCGCAAGUCUCCAUCUUCAUCUGGAAGAAGUACAAAGGAUAAUCCAGAUGGGGAGAAAAGAGUUUCGGCAUCUUUUGCAACUUCUGGAAUCGCUCAAAAACCUGGGAGAAAUCAGGCCAUUGCACCUCAAACUCGGGUAAUUCGUAGCAUCUCUGUUAAAGAUGUGAUUGCAGCCCUGGAAAGGGAACCGCAGAUGUCCAAGUCACCACUAAUAUAUAGCUUGUAUGAGAGAAUUCAUUCCGAUGACCUGGCUGAAUAAGAUGAAGGUUUUGCAGAUUUUGGCCUUGCUAAUUCAUUGCAUAAUCUAGAAUCGAAGUUCUGCUCCAGUCGGGCUGAUUUUAGCCGUUCGGCUGGCCUGCUGCCAUUGGGUUAGGUCUUCGGCCUCUUGAAGUUAAUAGCAAACCUGACGUGGGAAAUUAAUUCAAUUAAAGUUAAAUUUUUGUAGAAAUGGUGACAAGUUUGCCUAGCUCUCUGUCCAUAUACAUGCCGACUUUGUAGCCAAGUUCGCCAUUUUGAGCUUGAAAUAUUUUGACCAGACAUUGGGUUUGAGCGAUGUUUGA